AUGGCCCCGGACGAGGUUCGCGCCGCGAAGCCGAGGGAGACUCAUAUUCAUCCAGUCGCGAUUACAGAGCUAGGGAACGCGAAGACCGAUAUUCUGGUCGACGGGAGGAGCGAGAAUGGGACAGAGAUCGAGGCGAUCGUCGUCGCAGGGAGCCUGAGGAGCGGCCAGCGCGACGAGAACGAGGCGAUCGAGGCGACCUCUUUGAGGACCGACCACCGAAAGCGUCGUUUGACCCAAUGGGAUAUCAAGCCUCCCGGAUACGAGAACGUUACUGCUGAGCAAGCCAAGAUUUCCGGCAUGUUCCCGCUCCCAGGAGCUCCUCGUCAGCAAGCAGUCGACCCAAGUCGUCUUCAAGCCCUCGUAAACCAACCUGCGGCGGCUGCCACUGAAAGUUCUGCUCUGCGACCAUCCAACUCAAGACAAGCCAAGCGCUUAUUUGCUCACAAUCUUCCUCCCAACGCAACUGACGCAGCUCUUGUCUCAUUCUUCAACCUGCAACUAAACGGGUUGAAUGUCAUUGAGAGUAUCGACCCGUGUGUUUCUUCCCAGAUUUCCAAGGAUCACUCGUUUGCACUUCUGGAGUUUAAAGGUGCCAAUGAAGCUACUGUUGCACUUGCCUUGGAUGGCAUCACAAUGGAAGAACACGAAGCAGUGGCUACGGCCAACGGGGGCGCUCGAGGCUUGGAAUUGCGCCGACCCAAGGACUACAUUGUCCCGUCCGCACCAGAAGACCAACCGCCGUACCAAGAGGGUGUGAUCUCCAAUCAAGUCCCCGACUCGCCAAACAAGCUUUGCGUGACAAACAUUCCUCUUUAUAUUCCAGAAGAGCCAGUGACCAUGCUCCUGAAGUCUAUUGGUGAAUUAAAAGCGUUUGUGCUGGUCAAGGAUAGUGGUACAGAUGAGUCUCGAGGUAUCGCAUUCUGCGAAUACGUCGAUGCCGCAGCGACUGCUAUUGCAGUGGAAAGUCUGAACGGCAUGGAACUAGGCGAUAAGCAUCUCAAGAUUACACAUGCUAGUAUCGGAGUUACCCAAGCAGCUGGCCUUGAUAUGGGCGUCAAUGCGAUGUCAAUGUUCGCGAAGACAACAUCUGCAGAUCUAGAGACCACCCGCGUUCUUCAGUUGCUGAACAUGGUCACAGCGGAUGAACUAAUCAACAAUGAGGACUACGAAGAAAUCCUUGAGGAUGUGCAAGAGGAGUGCAGCAAAUAUGGCCAAGUACUCGAUCUCAAGAUCCCCCGACCAGCCGGUGGCAGCCGACAGUCCGCUGGAGUGGGCAAGAUAUUCGUCAAGUUUGAUACCGUGGAGUCGGCAACCAAUGCCCUCAAAGCGCUUGCGGGCCGAAAGUUUUCAGACCGUACAGUUGUGACAACCUAUUUCCCAGAGGAGAGUUUCGAGGUUGAUGCGUGGUAA